ACUCUGUUUCUGUCUCUUAAUAGCAUCCAUAUUCAUUUCCCCUUCCCUUUCUUUUCCUCUGUCACCCUCAUCCUCACCCUAACCCUUUUUACGCAUUUCAUGCAUUCUUUUUCUAUUCAAACUUAUUCUUCCUCAUCGUUCCCCUAUUCUCUCUGUUCCUGUUGUUGUUGUUUCUGCACCUACCCAUAAUCUCAAUUCCGAUCAAGAAACAAACUUUUCCUUUUUCGUCUUUUCGGGUCGAUCCAUGGAUUCUCAACCGGGUCUAUCUCUCGGGUUGAACGCCACCACCACCCAACUCAGUGACAACUCGUUCUCAUUCCAGGUGAUCAAACUCAAAAACGAACAAGAAGAAGAAGAACAAGCUGAAACCAUUAACUUCAUGGAUUGGCCUGUGCGCGUGAAGAAGAGGAAGAGGCUGAUAGAGGAACAACAACAAUCGUGCCUUGGGAACCAGCCACUAAGGGUUGCAGACCCUGAGAUUUACGAAAUCAUGGAGAAAGAGAAGGGAAGACAGUUCAGAGGAAUCGAAUUGAUUGCUUCUGAGAAUUUCGUGUGCAGGGCAGUGAUGGAAGCUCUUGGUAGCCAUUUGACCAACAAGUACUCUGAGGGAAUGCCAGGAGCCAAAUACUACACAGGUAAUCACUAUAUUGAUCAAAUUGAAUUUCUAUGCUGCAAGCGUGCAUUGCUUGCCUUUGAUCUUGAUCCCAACAAAUGGGGUGUGAAUGUUCAACCUUAUUCCUGCACUUCUGCAAAUUUUGCUGUAUACACUGGUCUCUUGCAUCCUGGGGAUCGAAUUAUGGGUCUGGAUUCCCCGUCUGGUGGACAUUUGAGUCAUGGUUAUUAUACUCUUGGUGGGAAGAAAGUUUCUGCUGCAUCCAUUUUUUUUGAGACUUUGCCUUACAAGGUCAAUCCUCAAAAUGGGUAUAUAGACUAUGACAAGCUUGAGGAAAAAGCACUUGAUUUUCGACCCAAGAUACUUAUCUGUGGUGGCAGUUCUUAUCCCAGAGAAUGGGAUUACGGGAGGUUCAGGUUGAUUGCUGAUAAAUGUGGGGCAGUGUUGAUGUGUGACAUGGCUCAUAUCAGUGGUCUUGUGGCAGCUAAGGAAGUAGCUAGUCCAUUUGAUUACUGUGAUAUUGUUACCUCAACAACCCACAAAAGUCUCCGUGGUCCAAGGGGAGGCAUCAUCUUUUAUAGAAGAGGGACAAAACCAAGGAAGCAAAGCUUGGCUCUUAAUCACGGAGAUGAUAGUAAUUAUGAUUUUGAGGAGAAGAUUAACUUUGCUUUAUAUCCAUCAUUACAAGGAGGUCCCCACAAUAAUCACAUUGCUGCUCUUGCCAUAGCUUUAAAACAAGUUGCAACUCCAGAGUACAAAGCAUACAUGCAGCAGGUGAAGAAAAAUGCACAGGCUUUAGCAUCCUCCUUGUCGAGAAGAAAAUGCAGAUUGGUGACUGAUGGGACUGAUAAUCAUCUGUUGCUCUGGGAUCUAACCGCACUAGGCUUAAUUGACAGAAACUAUGAGAAGGUCUGCGAGGCGUGUUACAUCACACUCAAUAAAUGUGCCAUUUAUGGUUCUAUUUCUCCUGGAGGAGUGAGAAUUGGUACCCCUGCAAUGACAUCAAGAGGCUGUUUAGAGGAUGAUUUUGAAAUCAUAGCUGAUUUUCUUCUGAGGGCAGCUCAGAUUACUAGCAGCAUACAGAGGGAACAUGGGAAGUCGUGCAAAGAUUUUCUCAAGGGACUUAAGAAUAAUAAAGACAUUUCUGAGCUCAGAAAUCGGGUUGAGACAUUUAGUUCCCAGUUUGCAUUGCCAGGAUUCGAUAAUUGAUUUGAUAAUGUAAAGCAGGCCCUCCAUACAUCCUUGACAUCGUUAUGAUACGUCUUGGGUUACCAUGUUUUGAGUUAUUUUUGCGUGGUAAACCCAUCAGUUUUUAUUCCUUGCUCUUAUCUUUAUAAAGUUAGCUCCUGUAAAUUACAUAGGCGAAUGGAAGUCAAAUCAUGAUGCCUCGGCCAUACAUCACUCUCAGCAAUUGUCCGCUUAUUGCUGACUUUGAGAUUGUAUAAAUUAUUCGAGGUUGAUAUUCUUUUCUUCAACCACAUAUUUUGUGGCUACCCUUUGUUUAUGAAGAAACUUAAGUAAUUACAUGAC